AAACAGCUGUGGGAAUAUGGCAGGGAGCAGUGGGUGUGGCUUCUGGAGUGGGUGUGUUGCUGAUGGGAUUGACAGCUGUCUAUCUCUGGAGGAGGACCAAGAAGAACAAUUCUCAGAGACCUACAACCAGACAGGAUGAUCAGAGCCAAUGUGAUUUGGUGAUGGGAGCUGUGAGCAGUGCAGCCAUGUUGGAUCUAAGGGAUGCUGGGAUCUAUUCUCUCAUCACCACUGUACCGUCCACGUUAUCACCCUCCAGCCCUGUUGAAGAGAAUGGACAGUCAUCUGAAAAAGACAAUUCUGAUACGUACCACGUAUACAGCUCAAUCCCCGACAGACCAGCAACCUCAGCCCAGCCAGAUGGGUUGUACAGUCUUCUGCAGACACACUGACACUACACCACUGGCUCUCUGUAUGUCUCACAGAAAUACUCUUUCUUUCAGGAUGUCCUUUAUUCAUCACACAUCAUGUUACUGUAAAUAAGUAUCUAAUACAUCUACUGCAGUACCGUUUCUAGGCAUAAGCAUCAUAAAGGGCCGCCAUCCCAUGGUAAAAUGUGUAGAACUGGAGGUAAUUAGCACCUAAUACUGAAUUUUUUCUUUCAACCUCAUGUCAUACUGUGUAGAAUUGUAGAAAAUUUGCUUUAUAACUGCAAAGGUUUCUCCGCCCCAUGGCAAAAUUAGUAGAAUUGCAAGACAUUAACUUUAAAGUUGCACAUUUUUCACUUCAGUCUCCCCUUCAAUGUGCAGUGGUGUAGACACAUUCUAGCCUUUUAGUCCAAUGACUGCGUAGCAGUUAAUUUGUAAAUGGUGUGUGACCAUAACCUUCAUGAUUUCAUCCAGUUAACAUUGGAGAAUCGCUUCGAUUGACCAUCUUGAUCUUGUUAGUUUACAGACGUAGGAUCUUAAUUUGAGCCAGAUUGCUACUGCAUAAAAAUGAUCAUGCAGCAUCUGGAAAUGUGAAUUAUUAUGUGGAUUAUAAUGUAUGGAAUUGUUUUUAGGGCUAGUUUAGUCUGAAAUUUCAAAGUAGAAAUUACAAACUUUAGAAGUCUACAUACACUAUACAUUUGCAUUUCCUGCUGUGCAAAAUUAUGGCAGUUUAUAACAUUUUAAAAACAUUACAAUACAUUCAGACUGUGUGCCCUCAGGCCCCUACUCCACCACUACCACAUAUAUACAGUACAAAAUCCAUGUGUACGUGUGUGUAUGCUAUCGUGCCUGUGUGUGCCUAUGUUUAUGUUGCUUCACAGUCCCCUUCUGUUUCAUAAGGAGUUCUCUUUAUCUAGUUUUACUGCUUGCAUGAGUUACUUGAUGUGGAAUAGAGUUCCAUGUUGUCAUGACUCUAUUUAGUUCUGUGCGCCUUCCAUAGUCUGUUCUGGACUUGGGGACUGUGAAGAGACCUCUUGUGGCAUGUCUUGUGAGGUGCAGCAAAUAAAAAAUCCUAUGCUUUUUUGAUCUGUUUGAAAUGUUCUCCUCUUUAAAACAUAAAAAGUAAGCAGAAUAAAUUGACUUCAACCA